UUAUUCAAACUGCAGAGUGUUCGAGCUUCUCAGAUGCAGGUGCAUUCCUCUCAUGCUCUGGUCUCAGCUGGACCGCUUCUUUUCACUUCUAUUUAGUAAGAAAUUACCGUUCAUUGGAAAACAGGAUGGUGUCCCCUGCUAUUGCUUUGGCCUUUGUUCCCCUUCUGCUGACACUGAUAAUCAAGUACCGCUACUACUUUGUGCUGUUCUAUCGGGCGGUUCUGGUUAGGAUUUGGAAGGACUGUGUCACUGGUUUGAGCCGAGAAGAGCGCGCAUUCCAGUACGUUCUGACUAACUCCACACCUGGAGACCCAGACAGCAUCCUGGAUGCUUUUGAUUACUGGUGCACCAACGUGGAGUUCAUCAGCAACAUUGGCCCGAAAAAAGGUAAGAUCCUGGACCGCCUUCUGUUGGAGCAAAGUCCUUUAACAGUGCUGGAACUGGGAGCUCAUUGUGGAUACAGCACCGUGAGAAUCGCCCGGGUUCUUCCUCUUGGGGCCCGACUCUACAGCAUCGAGAUGGAUCAAGGGAACGCAGCCAUUGCUGAGAAAAUCAUCCGUCUGGCAGGAUUUGAUGACGACACAGUGGAGCUCAUUGUGAAUCCAUCUGAUGAGGUAAUACCUCGGCUGCGGUCCGACUACAACCUGGAGAGGCUGGAUUUUGUCUUCAUGGAUCAUUGGAAGAAAUGCUACCAGCCUGACCUACAGUUAUUGGAGGAAUACGGUCUGCUGGGAAAAGGGUCUAUGAUUGUGGCGGACAACGUGCUGUUUCCUGGGGCUCCGAAGUUUCUCCGAUACCUCCGGAAGUGCGGCUUGUAUGAAUGGAAGAUCCACCGAGCCACGCUGGAGUACAGCAAGGGCAUCAGGGAUGGGAUGGCUGAGCUGAUCUACCAGGGGAUUAAAUAA